ACCAAUCUAUACUCACCCCCACAAUCCUAUAUCAAAUCUCAAACCCACAUCCUUCUCGGACGACUCCUCUUUCUCUCUCUACUUUUCUUUCUCUCUCUAUAUAUAUCCAUGCGUAUCUCUCUCUUCUCUCCCAAAUCAAAUCAAACUAGACCCAUUUCAAUCUGAGAAGUUUCAAACACAAUGGCGAUCUUCAGAUCUCCUUCCAUGGCCACUUUCCUUUCUUUCCUCUUCCUCUGUUUCGCUCUCUCUUCCGCUCUGGACAUGAAUAUAAUCGAGUACGACAAACAGCACGGCCAGGCCAUCCCUCCGCGAACGGACCGCGAGCUCAGGUCGAUCUACGAGUCCUGGCUCGUGAGGCACGGCAAGAACUACAACGCGAUCGGUGAGAAGGAGAAGCGGUUCGAGAUCUUCAAGGAUAACCUGAGGUUCAUCGACGAACGUAAUGCUGAGAACAGGCCGUACAAAGUUGGGUUGAACAAGUUUGCUGAUCUGACGAACGACGAGUACCGAUCUAAGUUUGUGGGUUCGAAAUUUGAUAGGAAGAAGAUGUUGUCGACUCCCAGGAGCGAUCGUUACGCAUUUCGCGCCGGCGAUGAUUUGCCGGAGUCGGUUGAUUGGAGGUCCAAAGGGGCCGUCGCUCCGGUCAAGGAUCAAGGACAGUGCGGGAGUUGCUGGGCAUUCUCAACUGUUGGUUCUGUGGAAGGGAUAAAUAAAAUCGUAACUGGAGAUAUGAUCACUCUGUCAGAGCAAGAGCUGGUGGAUUGUGACAAAUCUUAUAACAAUGGAUGCAAUGGAGGCCUUAUGGAUUAUGCCUUUGAAUUUAUCAUCAACAAUGGUGGCAUUGAUAGCGAGGCGGACUACCCGUACAAGGCUACCGAUGGCAUGUGUGAUCAAAAUCGGAAAAAUGCUCGGGUUGUUACAAUUAAUGGUUAUGAAGAUGUCCCAGAAAAUGAUGAGAAAUCCUUGCAGAAGGCUGUUGCAAGCCAACCAGUCUCUGUUGCAAUUGAAGCUGGCGGCAGGGAUUUCCAACUCUACACAUCUGGUGUAUUUACUGGACACUGUACACAACAGUUAGACCACGGUGUUGUUGCUGUUGGAUAUGGUACAGAAGAUGGUAAGGAUUAUUGGAUUGUGAGGAAUUCGUGGGGUCCCAAUUGGGGAGAGAGUGGGUACAUCAGGAUGGAGCGCAACAUAAAUACCAAAACUGGCAAGUGUGGCAUUGCAAUGGAAGCCUCAUACCCCACCAAGACUGGUCAAAACCCUCCCAACCCUGGUCCAUCCCCUCCAUCUCCACCAGUAAAGCCCCCCACUGUCUGUGACGAUUACUUCAAUUGCCAAGAGGGAAGCACAUGCUGCUGUGUCUAUGAAUAUGGUGGCUACUGCUUUGGCUGGGGAUGCUGUCCCCUUGAGUCUGCUACCUGCUGUGAUGACCACUAUAGCUGCUGCCCCCAUGAGUAUCCAGUCUGUGACCUUGAUGAAGGAUCUUGCCGACUGAGCAAGGACAACCCAUUGAGUGUGAAAGCCUCGAGGCGAGUUCCUGCUAUACCUAACUGGGCUCAAGAACGUGCCGGCGAUAAGGUGAACAAAUCUUGAGCCAGGCUUGGUUCGUCUGGGGGUACUGGUAGAAGCAAGCAAUGGGGCGCCAAAGAAAAGUGUUCGUGCUUACCAGCGCAAUAUCAUGGGAGGUUGCAAGGAAGCUACGCUUGCCAUUUGGUGAAUUAUAAGCUUGAUUUUACUGCACUGUGUCGACCCUGGAUGGAUUGCUUUUAUUGUUUUCAAGCUAGUAGUUCGUUGUAAAUAAUUUAUUUACAUUCUCUUAAACAGAAACAGAGACAAAUUGGAUCAAAAGCUUAAAUUAAGAAUGUAUUCUUAUGUACAAUACCUUCAAGUUUUUAUAUAUCACUUUCUUUUAAGAA